GCCAAGAUGGCGACGUCUCUCGGCUCCAACACUUACAAUCGGCAGAACUGGGAGGAUGCGGAUUUCCCCAUUUUGUGUCAGACGUGUCUCGGAGAAAACCCAUAUAUCCGAAUGACCAAAGAGAAAUAUGGAAAAGAAUGCAAGAUCUGUGCCAGGCCGUUCACAGUAUUCCGUUGGUGCCCAGGUGUACGUAUGCGGUUUAAGAAGACUGAAGUGUGCCAAACGUGCAGCAAGCUGAAGAAUGUAUGUCAGACCUGCCUUCUGGACCUGGAGUAUGGUUUACCUAUUCAGGUUCGAGAUGCUGGACUCUCACUUAAAGAUGAUAUGCCCAAGUCGGAUGUUAAUAAAGAAUAUUAUACUCAAAACAUGGAAAGAGAGAUCAUGAACUCUGAUGGCACCCGGCCUGUUGGUGCUCUAGGAAAGGCUACGUCUACCAGUGACAUGUUGCUCAAGCUGGCUCGGACCACACCUUAUUACAAACGCAAUCGGCCACACAUCUGCUCAUUUUGGGUGAAAGGAGAGUGUAAGAGAGGGGAAGAGUGUCCCUACAGGCACGAAAAACCUACCGAUCCGGAUGAUCCUCUUGCUGAUCAGAACAUAAAAGAUCGUUACUAUGGUAUUAAUGAUCCUGUGGCUGACAAGCUUCUUAAGCGAGCUUCCACCAUGCCUCGCCUGGACCCACCCGAUGACAAAACAAUCACAACACUGUACGUCGGUGGUCUGGGUGACACUAUCACCGAGACAGAUCUUAGGAACCACUUCUAUCAGUUUGGUGAGAUCCGGACGAUAACCGUGGUGCAGAGGCAGCAGUGUGCUUUCAUCCAGUUUGCCACACGGCAAGCUGCAGAAGUGGCGGCAGAGAAGUCCUUCAACAAGCUUAUUGUCAACGGCCGCAGGCUUAAUGUGAAAUGGGGCAGGUCUCAAGCAGCCAGAGGAAAGGAGAAGGAAAGAGAAGGGACCACAGAAUCUGGUAUAAAACUGGAGCCUGUCCCUGGUUUGCCUGGAGCUCUUCCUCCUCCUCCUGCCGCAGAAGAAGAAGCCGCUUCUGCAAACUAUUUCAACCUACCUCCUAGUGGUCCUCCAGCGGUGGUGAACAUUGCCCUGCCACCACCUCCCGGCAUUGCUCCACCGCCACCUCCUGGUUUCGGACCACACAUGUUCCAUGCGAUGGGUCCUCCACCUCCUUUCAUGAGAGCCUCAGGUCCCAUCCACUAUCCCUCUCAAGAUCCACAAAGAAUGGGUGCCCAUGCAGGGAAGCACAACAGUCCUUAACCCCACAGUCU